AGUUCUUUAUUUGUAUUUAGUCCUAGGCUUGCAAAAGUUAUUUCAAACAUGCUAUCCAGGCUCUUUCGAAUGCAUGGCCUGUUUGUGGCCUCUCACCCAUGGGAGGUCAUUGUGGGAACUGUAACCCUUACCAUUUGUAUGAUGUCCAUGAAAAUGUUCACCGGCAAUGACAAGAUCUGUGGCUGGAAUUAUGAAUGCCCCAAAUUUGAAGAAGAUGUUUUGAGCAGUGAUAUCAUCAUAUUGACAAUCACACGAUGUAUAGCAAUCCUUUAUAUAUACUUCCAGUUUCAAAAUCUGAGACAGCUGGGGUCAAAAUAUAUUUUGGGUAUUGCUGGGCUCUUCACAAUAUUCUCAAGCUUUGUCUUCAGUACUGUGGUGAUUCAUUUCCUUGACAAGGAGCUGACAGGCUUGAAUGAAGCACUGCCAUUCUUCUUGCUUCUGAUUGACCUCUCCAGAGCUAGUGCAUUAGCUAAGUUUGCACUCAGUUCCAAUUCACAGGAUGAAGUAAGAGAGAAUAUUUCACGUGGAAUGGCAAUCCUGGGCCCUACGUUUACACUUGAUGCCCUUGUUGAGUGUCUUGUCAUUGGUGUUGGUACAAUGUCUGGAGUGAGACAACUUGAAAUCAUGUGUUGUUUUGGCUGCAUGUCUGUUCUCGCCAACUACUUUGUUUUCAUGACCUUCUUUCCUGCAUGUGUGUCUCUGGUAUUAGAGCUUUCGCGGGAAAGUCGUGAAGGCCAUCCUAUAUGGCAGCUCAGUCACUUUGCGCGUGUUCUAGAAGAAGAAGAAAACAAACCGAAUCCAGUAACACAGAGAGUCAAAAUGAUUAUGUCCCUAGGCUUGGUUCUUGUUCAUGCUCACAGUCGCUGGAUAGCAGAGCCAUCAGUUCAAAACAGCACAACAGAGAUUUCUAUGGGACUGGGUGAAAGUGCUCCAAAAAGAAUUGAGCCUAUUGUUUCUCUGUGGCAAUUCUAUCUUUCCAGAAUGGCUAGUAUGGACAUUGAACAAGUAAUUACACUUGGUUUAGCUCUUCUCCUUGCUGUCAAAUACAUCUUCUUUGAGCAGACUGAGAUGGAAUCCACAUUGUCCUUGAAGAAUCCUAUAACCUCCCCCUUAGUAAUCCAGAAAAAAAAUCCAGAAAAUUGCUGCAGAAAACAAACAGUAUCUUUAAAAAAUAAUCCCAAUUCCAAAAAAACAGAAGAAGGUCAAGUCAGAGAAAGAAAAGAUGAAGCUGUAAAGCCUCUUCUUCCAGAAUCAUCAGCAAAGGCCACAUUUGUGGUUGGUAGUUCUCCUUCAGAAAAUCCAUCCAUUGAUAGCAGAAAAGAGACAGGAGUUGACUUUCCUAAAGAGCCUCGCUCUGUGGAAGAAUGCCUCUGUAUAUUGCAGAAUAGCAAGAUGGGUGCAAAAUACCUUACUGAUGCUGAAGUAAUUAGUUUAGUCACUGCAAAGCAUAUUCCUGCUUACAAGCUAGAAACUUUGAUGGAAACUCAGGAACGUGGUGUAUCCAUUCGAAGACAAAUAUUAUCUCAGAAGCUUGCUGAACCAUCUUCUCUGCAUUCACUGCCAUACAAGAACUACAAUUAUUCUUUGGUAAUGGGUGCCUGCUGUGAAAAUGUGAUUGGAUAUAUGCCAAUCCCUGUGGGAGUGGUUGGUCCCCUUCUCCUCGACAACAAAGAGUUUCAAGUACCAAUGGCAACGACAGAAGGUUGUCUCGUGGCAAGCACAAAUAGAGGAUGUAGAGCGAUAGGUCUUGGUGGAGGUGCCAGUAGUCGUAUUUUGGCAGAUGGUAUGACACGAGGGCCUGUGGUAAGGUUACCGACUGCCUGCCAGGCUGCAGAAGUGAAGGCUUGGCUUGAAACACCAGUGGCGUUUAAGAUAAUCAAAGAUGCAUUUGAUAGCACAAGCAGGUUUGCUCGCCUACAAAGGCUUCAUGUUGGUUUGGCUGGCCGCAACCUUUAUAUCCGCUUCCAGUCUAGAACUGGUGAUGCAAUGGGAAUGAAUAUGAUUUCAAAAGGCACUGAGAAGGCACUUGCAAGACUACAAGAAGAGUUUCCUGAUGUCCACAUUGUCGCCGUUAGUGGUAACUACUGUACAGAUAAAAAGCCAGCUGCCAUAAACUGGAUAGAAGGAAGAGGAAAGUCCGUGGUCUGUGAAGCUGUCAUUCCAGCAAAGGUUGUUAAAGAAGUACUGAAGACUACUACAGAAGCUAUGAUUGAAGUCAAUAUAAACAAGAAUUUAGUUGGUUCAGCAAUGGCUGGCAGCAUAGGAGGCUACAAUGCUCAUGCAGCAAAUAUUGUCACUGCCAUGUAUAUUGCAUGUGGGCAGGAUGCAGCGCAAAAUGUCAGCAGCUCAAACUGUAUAACCCUGAUGGAAUCAGCUGGUCCUACCAAUGAAGAUCUGUAUAUUAGCUGCACUAUGCCAUCAAUAGAAAUUGGAACUGUGGGUGGAGGAACCAACCUUUUACCACAGCAGGCUUGUUUGCAGAUGCUAGGAGUGCAGGGAGCAAGUGCAGAGAACCCUGGAGAAAAUGCCCGUCAGCUGGCCAGAAUUGUGUGUGCUACAGUGAUGGCAGGAGAGCUGUCUUUAAUGGCUGCUUUAGCUGCAGGCCAUUUGGUCAGAAGCCAUAUGGUCCACAACAGAUCAAAAAUAAAUCUGCAAGAUCUUCAAGAAAAAUGUCCCAAGAAGGUUGUGUGAAUAUUGACAGAAACAUGAAG